AUGAAACGACGAACAUCAUCAAAAAAAACCUCGAAUAUUCAGGGAAAGACAAUCUCUAAUGAUACUUCUAUUAAUGAGAAUGAUACUGGAAUUUAUACAUUUUCAGAUCUAAUAUCAAUACCAAAUGAUUCAGUAACAAAGGAAUGUAUUGUAAAUGGUCAAUUUAAAGAUAAUGAUACAACAUCAAUAGAAUUAAAUAAAAGAAGUAAAGAAUCAUCAAUUAAUGAUAAGCAAAAAAAACAUCAGAUAUCAAAGAUAGUAUUAAGUAAUGAUUAUAUAACCAAUACAAGAGAAAAUAUUUCAUUAAUUAAAAAUUCUAAUAAUGAUCCAACAACAUCAUCUCAAAUAUCAUCAUCUAAAGAAAUAUUUAAAAAAAUUAAUUCAAUCCAAUCAAUUGAAAAUAACAAUCAUAAUAGUAAUGUUGAUUUAAUGAAAGACAUAACAACUAAAUAUGUUAAAUAUAUCUGUAAUGAUAGUCAAUAUAAAAAAGAUAGAAAUAACAAUAGUAAUAUUCUUCGUAUGAAAAAAAUAAUUAAUGAACAUUUGAAGACAUGUAACAUAUCAAAAAAUAAUAUUUAUCCUAUACUCAAAAAUGUUGAUCUCAUAUCAAAAUUUUCAUAUGAAGAGAAGCUUUUAUUCAUUUUCUCAUAUUUUGAUUGUAGUAAUGAUGGAAUUAUCAGCAAGGUUGAUAUUAACUUGUUUCUAAAUCAAUUAAUUGCUUAUAUAGAAGGAGAAAAUAAACUUAAUGAUUCUAUACAAAAUAUUUUACUUACAUUAAAUAAGGAGAUGGUGUAUGAUAAAAAUGGAAGUAUAAUUAUUCAAGAUGCUAUUAAUAUUAUUAAAAAUAAUGAUGUUAUUAAAGCUCUACUAGAAGAAAAUCAACAAUCUAUCAAUGGUACUAAUCACCAUUGGUCUUUUACAAGUAUUUCAACAAAAUUGUAUUGUGGUGUUUGUCGUAAUAGAACUUCUGUUUUAAGUAAAAAAAAAGGUUUUAUAUGUAAAUUUUGUUCUUUUUUUUGUCAUCAAUCAUGUUUAAAUGAAGCUCCAAAUAAUUGUAUAACUGAUUAUGUAACAAUUAAAGAAGAUAUUACAAUACAUCAUUGGUUAGAAAUAGCUCAAAAACAAAAAUGUAAUAAUUGUUUUUUAAUGGUCAAACCAUUUCAAGGUAAACGUUGUCGUUGGUGUCAUGAAACAUUUCAUCAAAAUUGUAUAAAAAAUUCUAAAAAAUGUACAUAUGGUUAUUAUAAAAAUUUUAUUCUUCCUAGAGAUUGGUGUGAAAAAAAUAUUAAUACUGGUAAAGUAGAUAUUAUAGCAAAAGAUAUUAAUAGAAAACCUGUACUUGUAUUGAUUAAUCCUAAAAGUGGUGGUAAUGAAGGCAAUGAGAUAUUUAAACAAUUUUUACAAUUAUUACAUCCUAGACAAGUUUACUCAUUAGAUGAAAUUACACCACAAGAAGCUAUCAAUAAUUUUAGAUUUAUUAAAAAUUUUAGAAUUCUUGUUGGUGGUGGUGAUGGUACUAUUACAUGGGUUCAAGAAACAUUAGAUAAAUGUAAUUUUGAAAAUGAUUUAAGACCUCCAAUGAUGAUUUUACCAAUUGGAACAGGAAAUGAUUUAUCUAGAAGUUUAAAAUGGGGUGGUGGUGUUAUUAAAGUUAAACCAUUAAAAUUAUUAAGAAAAAUGGAAAAAAGUAAAAUUGUUUAUCUUGAUCGUUGGAGAUUAAAUAUUUAUAAUAUAAUAAAAAAUGACGAAAAUGAAUUUGAAAAAAAGCCUCCAGCAACAAUAUUUAAUAAUUAUUUUAGUAUUGGUAUUGAUGCACAAAUAUGCCAUAAAUUUCAUAAAAAACGCCAAACAAAUCCUGAAUUAUUUUCAAAUAGAACGAAAAACAAAUUACACUAUAUAGAACUUGGUGCUGUAGAAAUGUUUUCAAAUUCUUGGAAUGAAUUUUCACAUGAAAUAGAUGUUAAUUGUGAUGAUGAUCCUUUAAAUAUAAAAGGAAUCGGUAUAGAAGGUAUAUGUGUUUUAAAUACACCAUUUAUACAUGGUGGUACAAAUAUGUCUCAUAGUAAUAAAAAAUCAAUUUGUGUUAGAGUUGGGAAUUUUUUUAAAAAACAUUUUCAUAAUAUAAAAACUGAUCAAAUGUUUACACCUAAAUGUAUUGAUGAUGGUUUAAUUGAAAUAAUUGGAUUUAAAAAUAUGUUUCAUUUAAUAACUCUUAGAUCUGGAGUAAAAGAACCAUUGUCAUUGGCACAGGUUAAAAAAAUUCACAUUACUACAAGAAAAACAUUUCCAAUGCAAGUCGAUGGUGAACCAUGGCUUCAAGAACCCUGUGAUAUAAUAAUUUCUCAUCAUAAUAAAGUUCCAAUGUUUAUGAAAGCUUAA